UCGGUGAGCAUUACUCCGUGGAAAACAGACGCUGCGGUAGUCACAGUUCAUAAACUCUCUGCUUGGUAGCGGGCAGUUGUUUCCUUACGCCCCUAGCGUUGAGGCGUUUUGAAUCCGCCGAUCAGGAGCCGAGCAUUUCUAAGAGUAGUGCCGAUAGCGUCGCCUUGCUGCUCUUGGGAAGUCUCACAUCGGUCGAGUCCAAGCGAGUACGUUGCCGUCGUCGUUGGAAGUCCAUUGGACGGAUUGAGCUGUGCGGCGAAAAGCUUGUGAGCGCGACGUCUGUCGGAGCCGGAAGACCCCCUCCGCAGCGAAGUGAUCGGGGACCCUGAAUCGGAGACGGCCGGUGAAUCCGCAGAUAUAGUUGAAGAAGAUAGCAACAAACGCAGGCAACGCCAUCCAAGUUUCGACAUGUCGACCAUGUUCCAAGACUUCGGCGCAGUCGGAGAGACCAGCUUCGGAACUCAGACUCAUCACCCGCCCAGCGACAGCGAGACCGAAGGGAGAGAAUCUGCAGAAAUUCCACGGAGAGCUUCGGAAGCGCACGAUACCGUGAAACCGAAGGGCGCUCUGAUGUCUUGGCGGAAUGAAGAAUUCAGAAUGAAAGUGCGCUUACAGAAAGUAGUGAACGACUUCGAGUUCGGAACCGAUUUCAGACCUGUCGCGUAUAAGUCCGACGGAUCGCGGUUCGAUAUAGACACGACCAUAAAGCUGAACGUGAACGCCUCGUAUCAGGUUUCAUUCAAUUUCCGUCCGAUCGUCCGCAUCGAACGAUUAGAGAUUAUGGACGAUGUCAAGACCCCAACGGAAACCGCCCGGGACAUCGAGAGUAUCACGUACAUUGCGUACUUCGACACGAAGACUAGAGAAAGGUCGAAAAACAAAGAGAGGAGCAAAAUCCACUUCACCCUCGACUUGGGAGAACACGGCCACCUGAAUUUCGAUAUCCUGGCGAAGUUCUAUCCCGACAAGAGCGAGUCCCACGUGUCUUGGGGGAAUGUAUUGCACGAGAUCGAAUUAGAAGCCCUCUGCGUCGAUGGAGAGGUUAAAGUUUCGAAGACAAAAUAUCGAUAGGAUGAGUCCGAGACCGGUCAAUCUGUACAUCAACGAUUCUUGAGCGAUCCUCUCACAUUGUGAGCCGAUUCGGGAGCGUCGCCGAAUGUCCCCCGCAGGAAUCAUCUCAAGGAAGGGGACACGGCAUCCCCAUUGGGAGAGGUUCUCAAUACGUUCCUCGCCAUUCACCGCAAUCACUGCCAAAUCAGUAGUCGACAGUGAAGUACCAGAGAAUCGCUCCAGAUCCACCGAAAAGAAAAUAUGUGGAGGCAGAAUCUUUGUCAGAGCUCCGCACACUUAUCAAUGAAUUUUCAGAGGCCUGUUGCCUCAUAAUCUCAUUCCUGCAGACUACCGGAAGUUUUGUUAGAGGUGUCUAUAGUGAACGCCGCUCAGGGGCGAGUAGAGCCGAUUCCCGGAUGACAGAAAUAUUCGGGAAAUUCUGGGAAGAAAUGUCAUGCGUGUUCGGUACAAUCCUUUUUCCCUGUAUUAUACGGAAGAUUAUAAUCAGAGACAUUGCCGGAAGAAGAGACGGAGAAGCUCGUUGGUUUCGUCAAAGAGGGGACGAUAAUAAUCGACGACUCCUACAAAGUUGCUGUUAAUGUGGGCGUGAAGAGCUCACGUGUCGUCGACGUCGUCAGUCUUGCGGAACGUGAAUUGCGCAUCUG